CGUGCCGCGGCGCCGCCUCCGCGGUCCCGAAACUGCGGAGAUUCGCCCCGAAAGGAGCGCCGUAGACAUGGCGGCAGGCAGGCACCCAGCACCCGGCCGGCCGCACACAGAGAGGCCGCAGUGACGCCUCCCCAGCCCGGGGCCGCGGGGAUGGACGCGGAGCGCGCCGCCGGCCGGGACAGCGCCGAGGGAGGGAGAGGAGCACUGGGUGACUUCGUGUCUGCCCUUCCUCCCGAGAUCACCUCCCGGAUUUUCAGCGGGCUGGAUGUGGAGAGCCUGUGCCACGCGUCCGUGACGUGCAAGGGCUGGCACCGCGUCAUCGAGAGCAACGAGCGGCUGUGGCGGCACCACUGCCUGGCCGUGCGCGCCGUCUGCCAGCGGGAGAUCGACUGCGACCGAGGGCACGGCUACUCCUGGAAGAUUACGUUGUUGAGAAACUACUGGAAAAGCAAAGUGAAGAAAGAAUGGCUUAGUGGGAAAUACAGCAACAUUCCUUCACAAUUCAGUUUGCCAGAGAAAAGCAUGUAUCCAAUGGAUGUCGACACGUGGGGAGAAAUCUUGGAAGCAGAACUUGAGAGAUGAUAAACCAGUGCUGAUUCUUGCAACUCAGACAACUUUUACCAACAGCAGACACACUGUUCAGCAGUUGUGAAACUGAUUUUGAGCUGAUUAUGAAUUUAUGAUGACAACUUAUCAAAAAAAUUGAUGGAUGUAUUUUUAUUUGUAUUUUACUGUAUUAAUUUUAUGUAAAAUUCUAAAGACAACUAAGUAUUUAGUUGUAAUUUAUAUUUAUAAAUGUAAUGUUCUACUGCACUGUCAAAAGUAUGCUGAUUAUAAUUUCAGUUUGCACUUUUUGCUUUGGAAGAGAUGAUUUUUAUAUUAAAAAAAAAAACAAAAAAAACCCAACCCCCAAAAACCCUCAAGGUGUGUUUGACCUAUUGACAUAAGCAUUAUCAUAUCAGCAGCACAUGAGAGCCCAGAAAGGAAAGCUGGGGAAGGGACAAAUCCAGACACCGGAAAGAAUCCUCUGGACAGCAUCGCUCUGUUACCCUGACUAAGAGAGCUAGAAGUGCAAAAAGUACAUCUGAGUUAAUCAAGAAGAUUAAACAAAUUAAACAAUACUAACAGUACAUUCUCAUCACCUCAAAACUGCCCAGUUUUUUUUAAUUAUAACAUAAGGAAACUGCACACUAAUGGAUCUAGUCCCUCACCUUUCUCAUCCAGCUUUCUCUGUUACCUCCAGUCUGUAACUCUCUGACAUAUAUCCCCUAUUCCUGUUCCUUUCAUGCCCUUAUGCUGUAAGUUCUCAUGUAUUUGUCUCACGAUACAGUUUGUAAACAGAAUAAUAUUAGGUUUGAAUCUAAAACAGUUACUUCCCUGGUUUAUCAUCUUAACUGUAGCUUUUCCCUAUUCUCAAAUAAGCAUUAAGGGUCCCCAGUAUCUGUUGUGUCUCUGCCUCUGUUCAGAUGAGGUGGCUGUGCCUUUUAAAAACAAGUAAUUAAACAUGCAGCUAUGCAGGUACACAA